CUACCGAAAAAUGAAGCUUCCGACCUACUUAAUCCUUAUCACACUUGUGGUGUAUUCCCAGGGACUAAGUAGUCAGCAACAAUCUGAUAUUAUCACGGCCAACAAAGAGUGUCAAGAAGAGACCAAAGUCUCCAAACAACUCGUCGACGACAUUUUCAACCGCAAAAUUUGUGAUGUUUCGGCAUAUGAGAACAAUAAACAAUUACGUGAAUUUGCUGUAUGUGUAGAUACCAAAGCCGGAUGGUUGAAUCAAGAUGGUACUUACAACACUAAAUCUUUGAAGAAAUGGCUUCAAAAAGGAGAUCUAAAUUGCGAAGAAGCAGAAGAAGCCAUCAAGAAAUGCGUUGUGAAAAAGGAAACGCUGGAAGAUACGUCUUUUCAUGUCUUGAAGUGUUUGUACAACAUCGGCGUUUAAUUAUCUUCAAGUAGUACUUUGAUAAUGAAGAAUUUGGAACAAUAACUAAGAAUUUG